ACAAAAUGUACAAAUAAUCUAACUUGUUUGUAAAUGUUAUACAUCUUAGUAUGUAGGCUAUUAUUACUAAAGCAUAAUUUUGGACAAAAAAGAUCAUACCAAAGGUGGCUAACCUUGCUCCACUCCCUGAUCUAAAGGGUGAGCAGACUUCUAUUCCAGCCCAGCAAUAAUACACGUUAUUAUCAACUCAUUAGGUUUGAUACAUAGAAUCAAGUGUGUUAGUGCUGGGCUGGAACAGAAGCCUGCACACRCAGCAUACCUCCGGGAGAAGGAUUGGCCUGCUACAGUUGUAAUAAGUUUGUAGCCUACAUUGUGUGUAACUUUUAACUGUAUUGUCGUGUACAACAUGUGAUAACAUAAGUACACAUACAACCCAUGGCAUACAAGGACGUGCCAGGAGUCUCUUGGGACAUCUUCAUCUGCAGACAGGCUUUCGCAGCUCUCCAUGUCUCAGGAAAGACAACAUUACAAAGCAACAGGCUUCAUUUUAUUUCAAUUACACAGCCCUGAUUAUUAUCUAUCUGUCUGUCUUCAUAGUUCUCAUCUCUAAGGACUAGAACUGGAUCAUCUUUUCAUGAUGUCAUCCCACAACCCGCCCUAUUUAACUAGUAAACGUACUCCUUUUUAUGACAGCUGGAGCAGAAAAUGAUUUCACCCUCUUCCAUUGCUGAUAACUACAAAUGCAUUUAGAGCCUGAGUUUUUAAUUUAAAAUGAUAAAUAUGCCUAAAUCAAGAUACCAUGCUAAUAUGAAGAAAGCUUGCUGAUUAUAUUUCACUUAGCCAAGUAUGUAAAGUUGGCUAGCUAGCUAUUUAGCUAGCAGCUCAUUAGCCUACACACAGUGGGCUGCUAUAGCUAGCUGGCUAAUAAUACAUCGUUUUUUAACAUUUUCAAAAUGUACUUACUUACUUGAAUAGGUUCAUGCCCACGCCAACGAAGCGGCCAAUCCUUUGUAGCGAAGCGUUGUCGAGCGGAGCCAUCUCUUUUGGUCGAGACGUUACACACGCUUUGAAAACGUUCCAUACUUUUCGCGGUGUAUUUGAACGUUCUAAAAUUCCAAUGACAUUCAAAAUACUGUUGUCACAACAUUAGAUGAUUGCUUGUUGAUGUUUCAAAGCAAAUACACCAACUUAGUGUCGCAGAGCCUUUCAAAAUUUGGUGAUAAGAUAUUUGACAAUAAUCGACGUUAUUGAUUUUGCACUCUACAGCAAAGGCAUAGGAGCAAUGGAAGAGAUUUSAUAGCCUCAUUUUAGUAGGCUAAAAUGUAUAUAUUUUUUCCCCAUUUAUCUAAAAAAACAAUACUUCCUGGGAGGAUUAUUUAGUGUAACAUUUGAGGUGCAGGUACUCCGCUCUGAUGAGCUCCUGCCCAAGUCAAGCACUGGUUAAUACAAAUAGUUUAUUUAACUGUCACUGGUUGCCAGACACUCAAAGCUUACAUUUUUUAUUUUUUGUUACUUUGAAAGCCCACCUGCCAUGUCCAAGCAGGUGUUAUGCUGGAGGAUCUUAGGAAAUUAGUCACUUGGGCUCACUCUCAUGGCUCCCACUGUCCCCACAAGCUUUGGCACAAGGGAAAACUUAACCCAGCGGUUGGGCAUCAGUGCAAAGUUAAUUGGAGAUGUGAGGUUGGACAUGCCUUUGACUGGGCCUUGACACUUGCCACAGAGGUGAAAGUUGAGGAGGAAAAGACAGAGGGGGAGGUGGAUGUAGGUCAUAGGAGCAAGAGGAGGAGAAUACAACACCUGUCCUCGGAUGAGGAAGAGGAGAUGGUAUAUACCCCAUUCAAUGGAAAUAUUACUGAUGAAAAUGGGGUUGAAUCCGACGUGAGCCACUGUAGCCUUGUGGCCCAUGUGUCAAGAGAGGGAGGAGAUGCCACAGUGAGAAUGCUGGAAGAGGCCUUGACUUUAAAGUCCAAGCAGCAGAGAACUGUGAAACAACCAUUCUUUCCUAGGAUGAUUGUUAAGGAGCACCCCAAAGGCAAUAUCCACAUGGAAGUUAGGGUGGAUCUAGAGCAAAAGAACAAGGAGUCAAACCAAGAGGGAAGGGGCAUUGAGGAGAGGACAGUUCUAAAGGAGGAAAGCCCAGGCCCAAAUGAAAACCUCAUUACAGCUCUUGACAUCACCCCUCUCCGAAGCUGCCUUUCAGACAUUGAGCGCGCCCCAGAAGAUGAGGAGUGGGCAACUCCUAAGGGUGGACAGUGUUCCCUCUCCCCUCCUAAACCUAAGCCCCUAUUCCAGGGCCAGGGUGAAACCCACAGGCAGGGCUCCUGUAGUGCUGCCGUCUUCCCACCUACACCUGAGAGAUCAGGUGCGGCCUCAGGGCACUGUCCCCCUAAUAAAGGCAAGGUGAAGACAGCACCCAAGAAACCAGCAGAGAAAAGGGGGCCAAAGAGAGCAGAGGCCAGCCUGGGCAAUCUCAUGACCUUUAUCAUGUGGCUAAACUCUCAAAACCAUUCGGCGGCCCGCUGUCCAGGCAGCCUGCCUAUCGCCGAGCUGGACAGGUUAUUGGUCGCCUUCUUCCAGUAUGUGUGGGAGGAGUCCCGCCUGCAGGCCUUGAGCAGCAGCACUCUUACGACAUACGCCCGUAUGCUGGACCGUGAUCUGCAGAACCAGGGCUGCAGCUUCAGUAUCCGGAAGUCAGCCGAGUUCACAAACACCAUUAGGGAACUGGAUAACUGCUGCCAGAACUUGAAGCAGAGAGAGUGGGACAGAGACAUCCUGGUGAUCCAGAGCUUGAGGAGAGAAGAGGAGGCUGCACUGAGGCAGGCAGGAGUCCUGUCUAGGGCCACACCGGAUGGGCUGCUCAACCUGGUCCUGCUCAACAACCUCAAGGCCUUUGGGAAGUUCCACCUCCAGGGAGUCUGGCCCGGGCGAGUCUCCGACUUCCACACGGCCACGGAGACCCACCCAGGGACGUGUGACGGGGAAAAACUGGAAUACCUGGAGUGGAACAAUACUAAUUUCCCAGAACAGAGCCCCGUACGGAUGCACGGCCUGGCUGACGAUCCAGAACGCUGCCCCCUGUGGGACUACAAGCUCUAUGUAUCCAAGCGUGUUGGAAGCCACCUGAUCGCCUCUGAUGCAAUGUACUGUUGCCCACUGAGCCAGUGUAGGCCCUGGGAUAAUCACUGGUUCAGCCGCCAUGCCAUGCCCAAACCUCGCCUGGAAAAGAUUAUUAAGUCUCUGAGCCACCAUAUACUCUCCGUUCGUAAUGGGAGGGCAGCAGCCGUAUAUUAGUCAGCAGGUACUAAUAGAAGAACAUUGAUUGUAUUUUAACUGUAUACUGUAUGUGCAUAUCCUAGCAUAUCCAUGUGUGAUAUCCUAGCAUGACGUGUGUUGUUUAAUUACACCAUUGAAUGUUGUAUGCUAU